AUGGCCAUCUCGUUACUCAACACGAUCACCCCAAAGGAGGGCAAGCUAGAUAUUGUGAAGGAAGCGAUUCUGAAAUUCAUGGAUUUCACGACGCAGAAAUAUCCCGACUGUCUUGGCGCCGAGCUGUUGUAUGAUGAAGAUGGCGAACAGCUUGUUUUGAUCAUGGCUUUCAAGACCCAAGACUCUAUUAAUACCUUUCUUCGGGAACCAUACGUGCUCAGUCUCAAAAAAGGGCUCCCAGCGGAGAGCGUGGACAGUAUGGAAGUAACAACGUAUGAACGAGUUGGCAAUUUCUCAAGAUGA